AAUCACAACUUGUGAGCUGCUGAAUGACAUCAGGAGUCCUGCCUCUGAAACUUUUGUUAUUUUUUCCCCCUCAACCUACUUCAAUUGUUCCUACAACUUGGUCACAGAGAAGUUGCCAAAGAUCUACAGACACUUCCCACAGCAAGCUCCUCUGUGCUUUACCAGCAGUCACACUAGAGGUGGGUGACAGCACCAUGGAGGAUUAAUGAGCAAGCUCCACAAAGGCUGUCUAAAACAAAAAGAGAAGAUAAUAGGCACUUUGCACUGUUCCUGACAACUUCUCUUCCUUCCUGCACUCCUAAACCUCUGAUUUGUGCCCUCUGCUUUCUUGUUGCCAUGGAGAAGGUCCAAUACAUAACCCGCUCUGCCCUGAGGAGAGCCUCAACUAUUGAGGUCAACCCACAAGCACGCCAAAGGCUCCAAGAGCUCUUUGUGAAUUUCUGCCUGAUUUUAAUUUGCCUCUUGCUGAUCUGUAUCAUUGUGAUGCUCCUCUGAAGUUCCAGCACUUCUCUGCACUGUCCUCUAAGAAAGGGAAGAGGGAAGAGAAGCCUACACCCGCAACUCCCAAUGCAAGGAUCUUGUGAGAGGGGCUAGCACUUGGACUAGAGCUGUAUGCCAACCAUCGCACUAUUCUCUUACUACCUACUACAUGUAUUAAAAACACACUCUUCUGUGCAGAACAGUGUUUAGAGCCUGUUGUUACAAAGCUGUGCAUGACCUAAUUUGUCUGUCUCAGUUGAGAUGUCUUUUCAGAAUGGGGUAAAGUACUGCCUCUUCGUGGAGUUGUUAAGUUCCUCAAAGUUUUAGCUAGAUCACAUGAACAGCAACUUCCUUUUGGGGGUCUGAGUGUUUUUUUAAUUUCUCUGGAAAUCCUUAAGCCCUUGGAGAGGUUGUAAAUUUGGCCCAUGUCCACCCAGAGAAGAGCUACAGGCACACAGCCCUCAACACAUCCCAGGAAAAUUUCUGCUCUGCUUACUUCAAGGUGCUGCAUCUCUGCAUUAUCAACUGAAAGCACUCAGAUUGUUUCAGUGCUUUUAAGGGAAUAUGAGAAACAAAAAAUGCCUUGUAACCCAUAAAUAAAAACAAUUUCAUAUGCUUUUUCCCUAUUUAAGGGAUCUUAUAUAUAAAUAUGUAUGUAUAAAAAUAAAAGAUGUAUAUAUAUGUGUGUGUAUAUAUACACACAAAGCUUGAAUCUGAAAAGGCAACUUCAUUUACAGUAUUUUUCACUAGAUAUGUCCUUACAGAACUGAUGUCUGGAAAGUUUUUUCACUAUGUUUUGCAGAAAAAUUGACACCAACACCCUGGUAUCAAAGAUUUAAUUUUCUAUAGCCAUUUAACCAAUAUGAGAAUUGGCACAACUCAAAAAUAAUUCUCAGAGUUCUUACUAUUUGGCUUGAGACAACUUUAUUAUUGCCUGCUGUAACGUAUGCAAUAAUCUCCUUAGUUUAAAACUACAGAAAACUUGCUAUUUGCCAUUGUCUCACGAGGUGGCCUUUAUCUGAUACAGUAAAGAAAGAGGUUUAGGUCACUGUGGUUGAAGCGUAUCAUACAAAUGCAAGUAACAGCACCACCCUCAGCUGCAAAUCCCCGUUAGAGAUCAAGCAAGUACUUUCCUAAAAUAAAUUAUACAUACCAUUAUGCACAGGAGGGAAAGCAUUGCAGAAAUACCUUUCCAACAUGUAAACCAUAGUCUAUACACAUAAAAGAUGAAGUUUCUACUCCAGCAGCUGUCAGUAACAAGACCAAGCAGUAGACUUCAAACUCUCCCACGUGUUGCUGGUAUUAAGCUAAAUUCCUAGAAACUUUAUACAGUUUUCAAAUUUAAAGAGAGCUGAAGAAUCCAUAGACAGAGGUCAAACAGACAUCUAUUUUUAAACAGGCAUCUAUGCCUGGCGAAUAGACAUGCUGAGACCAGACCUCUGAAAUAAGGUUAAUCACUAAAGGAAAUUAGUUAACACCUGUAUGAGGAUUAGGGCAAACACCAAUGAAAUUGGCAACACAUACCUCUCUUUGCAAGUUAGUGUAAGAAUACUACUGGUGAUUCGAACCGUCAAUGUAAAUCUGAAUUUCCAUUUCAUGCAUUCUGACCACUCUCACAAAUGCAUGAGAUUUUAGUAAGCGCACUUUCCCUAUUAAUUCUUCUUCUUAAGAAAAGCUACACACACAGUGCACUUCUGUAGAGAAAAUCUAUAUUUUUGUGAUGGAUUGGGUUUCCAGUUUACUUUGCUUUGGAGGUGUUUCAAGAAACUUCCGUUGGAAAUAGACAGCAGUUUUACAGUACAGAAAACUCCCUCAAGAAAAAAAGGUGUUGAGAGUGAAGUACCAACACUCAUUCUGAAGACAUGUUGGGAUUACAGGUUUCACAAGCCAGUAAUAUACAGAAGUCAAAGUAAAACAUUGCUAAAUAAUAUAAACACCCUCCACAUAAAAAUAAAUCCACCACUUUCUUCUUAUGUACCUGAAAAGGAAUUAUUAUUUUUUAAAAAAAUAAACAAACAAUGACAAAACCAAAGCAUAUAUAAACUGGAAGCCCUACUGUUAUUUUACAGCAAUGCAGAUAAAUUGCAUGUACUGUAUGCUUCACAUGUCUCAGGGUUCUGCUGAUCAGAAAAACUGUUACCUACCAUCCUCUAUAUCACUAAAUGUCAACUGAACCCAGAGGUUAAAAAAAUAAAACGUUUUGUACAUAGUACAUUCAUUCUUCUUUGUAUACUUAUAUAGGCUUUAAAACUAACAUCUACUGUAUUUUUAGUUAUUAAAAUGACUGCUUGAAAAUAUUUUAAUGCAUAAAAUAAGAUACUUAAAUACAAUUCCAUCUAGAAAGAAGCAUCCCUUCUAUCAUCUACUUAUUAAAGUUAUGUGAAAAGAGCUAGCCAUCAGACAGCUUUCUGAUACUUUAUACCUCCGUUUACUCUGGUUUGAUUUUCAAUAGUAGUCUUGCCUAUUUCACAGUGUCCAGAUCACUUACACAUACUUAAUUUACACUCACCAACUAGUGCACAUAAGUGUUCCUAAUGAUUUUUAGGAAAGUGUAAAUCAAAAAGUUCACUACUUUUAUGAGCCGUAAUAAAAAUUCCAAACACAGCAUGCAGCAUGGAUUAAGUUCUCAUUUCUCUGUUCCAGUCCACUCAAGGCUAUAUGUCUUUUUGCUACGUUCAUUUUACACACUAAUACACAGCUAAGCAGGCAACAAUCUGGUAUUACUCUUUCCCGCCAAAAAAAAAGAAAUGACAUGAACUUCUGUGGCAAUUAUACACUGGGAAAGAGCUUAAUCAGGAACAAGAAUAUGAUGGUUUUAAAGAUGAUGUCUCCUCAGCCAGUUCUUCAGCAGAUAUUGAUGAAUCUACCCAUUUUUCUCUAGGUAAAGACACUACCCAUUUCAGAAUUAGAAAUUUUGUUCUGAUCAAGACUAGUCAGUAAGGCACUUUAGAGGACAGCAAGUACUUGCAUUUCUUUAUUAACUUUUCUGCACCAAUUUAGCAACAACUGCCCAUGCUAGUAGAACUGAACCACUCACUGGAAAGACUAGUGUAAAACAGGCUUAAUAAAAUUUUUCACAAAACAUGCACAAAAUGUUUGGCCCCACAGCAUACAGAACUUCUACGUAAGUUUUGCUACAAAUACACACAGAACUAUAAUCAUGUACAUCUCAGCACGAGUGUGCAUAUCUGACUUUACCUAUAUAUUCUGCCAGAAUUAGAGCUGAGUGAUGAACACGUUAAUUUAGAUAGUAUUCUUAGUCAUAUCUGGAAGCAUACCAAUAUCCCAUAGAUUACAGACCAGAUACCUAUGUACGUCUAUUAAUAAAUAGUCUCUGUCAGUCAGAAUACAACUGGAAAUAUUUGUGAAGUCCUACAGGAUUCACAUAUAUCUUUCAUUUAACCUUUUAGCUUUGACCUAGAUGUUAAAAAUUAAAAACUAAAAAAAAGAAAAAAUCUUUUUUGGUUAUGGAAGGAGAUGAGUGAACACCUCUUGUUCAUUGCAAGGACUGAGAACAACAAUUAUACAGAUUCCUUUAAAAAACUUAUGCUCAUCUCAAUAAGAACCCUAGUAAUUUAAAUUAUUUAAAAUACGCACAGGAUUUAUUGUAAUAUGUGACAGUUAGUUUAAUUAAACUGAUUGCUUUAUAAGCCCAUUAUAUUUCUUCCAAGAUAAAAAACACCAAAAGUUCCAUUUUCGUAUAAAAUAUAAAACACUGCCCUCUUGUGAUCUUCCCUAAAAACUUAGCUGGUUAUUAAAAAGAAGUUUUGGCAACAUUUCACUGUUAGGGCUGAGUGGUCCUAUUUGUUUCUUUCAUUUAUAUAUCUACAUUUCUAUAUAUAAACCACAAUUGCUAAGUUGUUAAUACUAUCUUAAAACAAGCUAUUGCGUAUGUGCUAUUAAAAGCACUGCAGAUGCAUCUUCUGCCAGCCCAAUCUAGAGUCUUAAUAAGGCAUUUGCAAAGCUGCAAUGAAUCCUACAUAGCACAUUGCCAGCAAAACGCUACCUACCAAGCUGCAUGAUGCCAAACCCUAGAAGGGCAGGAAACACUCCUGUUAGAAGCACAUUUUGCCCACAUGAGAGAGUUGUUUGUUUUUAUUUUUGUACCUACAGAGGUUUUCUAAAAGUAAAUUUUCAACAAUCUCUGCUGAAAGUGUGUUGAAAAUAGCCAUUUCUUUGAAAAUCAAAUGGCCUUGAGAAGUACCAUACACAUUAAAAAAAGUAAAUAAAGACCCAAGCUUUAAAAAAUUCAAGUCCUUUCUCCAUUAAUCAGUUCAGAAGUUCUUCAGUAGUGAAAUAAAAGCUAUCAUUAACUCUGCUAUUAUUUUU